AAAUGACGUAAAAAUCACAUGCUAAACAAAUCAGGAAGACGUUUUAAUCAAUGUGGCGUAUUUUAAGACUUGAAGAAGUUCUUUGAUUCAGAAAACUUUCUGAUUGCUGCCAUCUAAAAAAAAGGACAAGCAGACGAUGAUGAUUCGGCUAUUGGUGUUUAUUGUCCUGGUAACAGUCACAUAUCACAAGGCUGAAGCAAGAUCUAGUUCCCCACAUCGUCCACCCCACGAUCAUGGCUGUGGAGUAGAUAAUGAGUGGAAACGUUUUCGUCAAAGCUGUUACUACAUUUCUGCUGAGGUGAUGAAUAUCGACGAUGCCAUGGUGGAGUGCCAGGAACAAGGAGGAGCUUUAGUAUCAAUUGAAUCACCGAUCGAAAACUACUGGAUUGCUGAAAAACUUAACGCACUUCCAAAAGUGGAUAACCGCUUCUUCUGGACUAGUGGAUUUACUGCCGCUGAUAAAGUAAAAGAUAACACUUAUUACUGGAUAUGGGGAGAUUAUACAGAAGUGGGUUACACAAACUGGGCACCAGGAGAACCGAACGACAAAGGAUACGUUUGUUUAGCCGUCAACAGAUGGAAUGGAAAGUGGAGCGACGAAAAGUGUCAUGAAAAAUUCAAUGUCGUCUGCGAGAAGAAGGUGGAUCAAUAAACAGUCAAACUCACAAAUAAUUAUAAACUAUUAUAAUAUGUGAUUUGUUUAUACUAUUAUAAUCUUAAUAAUCAGUAUAAAACAGA